CAUUGCGCUUUAAUUCCUAGAUGGUAGUGAAAACAUUUAUGGAUAUGGACCAGGACUCAGAAGAUGAGAAACAACAAUAUCUCCCUUUAGCAUUGCACCUUGCAUCAGAAUUCUUCCUCAGGAAUCCCAAUAAAGAUGUCCGUCUUCUUGUAGCAUGUUGCUUGGCUGAUAUCUUUCGAAUUUAUGCCCCAGAAGCCCCUUACACCUCCCAUGACAAACUCAAGGAUAUAUUCUUGUUUAUUACAAGGCAAUUAAAAGGUUUGGAGGACACGAAAAGCCCUCAAUUUAACAGAUACUUUUAUUUACUAGAGAAUUUAGCUUGGGUUAAAUCUUACAACAUCUGCUUUGAGUUGGAAGAUUGCAAUGAGAUUUUUAUUCAACUUUUUAGGACUCUCUUUUCAGUUAUCAAUAAUAGCCACAACCAGAAAGUGCAGAUGCACAUGUUAGAUUUGAUGAGUUCUAUCAUCAUGGAAGGCGAUGGAGUGACACAAGAACUAUUGGACUCGAUUCUUAUCAACCUCAUUCCUGCACACAAGAACCUUAAUAAACAGGCAUUUGAUCUUGCUAAAGUUCUGUUGAAAAGGACGGUCCAGACGAUUGAGCCUUGUAUUGCCAAUUUUUUUAACCAGGUUCUGGUACUAGGAAAGUCUUCUGUAAGUGAUUUGUCAGAGCAUGUAUUUGACCUAAUACAAGAGCUUUUUGCUAUUGAUCCUAGUUUAUUGCUGUCUGUCAUGCCACAGCUUGAGUUCAAACUAAAGAGUAAUGAUGGAGAGGAACGUUUAGCUGUUGUAAGGCUUUUAGCUAAGCUGUUUGGUUCUAAAGAUUCUGACCUUGCAACACAAAACCGUCCACUUUGGCAGUGCUUUCUUGGCCGAUUUAAUGAUAUCCAUGUUCCUGUGAGAUUAGAAAGUGUGAAAUUUGCAAGUCACUGUUUAAUGAACCAUCCAGAUUUAGCAAAAGAUCUCACUGAGUACCUAAAAGUUAGAUCACAUGAUCCAGAAGAAGCCAUUCGACAUGAUGUCAUUGUUACAAUAAUAACUGCUGGUAAGAGGGACCUCUCUUUGGUCAAUGACCAGCUACUAGGCUUUGUCAGAGAGAGAACGCUGGACAAGAGGUGGCGAGUAAGAAAAGAAGCCAUGAUGGGCCUUGCCCAGCUAUAUAAGAAAUACUGUCUUCAUGCUGAAGCUGGGAAAGACGCAGCGGAGAAAGUGAGCUGGAUUAAGGAUAAACUUUUGCACAUAUAUUAUCAGAAUAGUAUCGAUGACAAAUUACUGGUAGAGAAAAUCUUUGCUCAAUAUCUUGUUCCUCAUAAUUUGGAAACAGAAGAGAGAAUGAAAUGUUUAUAUUAUUUGUAUGCUAGCUUAGACCCAAAUGCUGUUAAGGCACUGAAUGAAAUGUGGAAGUGCCAGAACAUGCUUAGGAGUCAUGUACGGGAGUUACUAGACUUGCAUAAGCAGCCCCUUUCAGAAGCAAACAAUUCUGCUAUGUUUGGAAAGCUGAUGACCAUAGCAAAAAACCUUCCUGAUCCUGGGAAGGCGCAGGACUUUGUGAAAAAGUUUAACCAGGUUCUUGGUGAUGAUGAGAAGCUCCGUUCUCAGCUUGAACUUUUGAUCAGUCCUACAUGUUCCUGUAAACAGGCAGAUGUUUGUGUGAGGGAAAUUGCACGAAAACUUGCUAAUCCUAAGCAACCAACCAAUCCUUUCUUGGAGAUGGUAAAAUUUCUUUUAGAAAGAAUUGCCCCUGUACACAUUGAUUCUGAAGCCAUUAGUGCAUUAGUAAAGCUGAUGAAUAAAUCAAUAGAAGGGACAGCUGAUGAUGAAGAGGAAGGUGUAAGCCCAGAUGCAGCUAUUCGUUCAGGGCUUGAACUUCUCAAGGGUGUGUUGUACUGCAGCCAUGAGAGUGAAAGAAGGGCUUAUUCCUAUGUGGUUGUAUUUGGUGAUGCUGUCCUUGUUUCUCCUGCAGUUCAAGAACUUUGA